CAUUGUGUGCGCGCCUCCCUGACUCUCUCCGCUCCACAGCCCCGUGGAGCUGUUGUUCCCACAGAGCAGGAGGACAAUCACACGAGCUGCUGGUGGAUUAGCGCGGAACAGAAAAGGAGGAAAAAGGAAGAGUGCGCGACCUUUUCACUUCACUUCCAUUCAUUGCUCUCCUCGUACGUUGCGGGAUCUUGGCGCUUGCGGCUGUUGCGUUAUUUAUUUCGGUAGGGUUUCCGCGGUGGUGGCGCACAGGCCGAUAUGGAUUUACCUCUGUCUAGACGAGACUCGCCGCCUUUCCCUGCGUCAAACUUGUGAUUGUCACCGCUGUAUUGCGUCUCGACCGCGGGAGCCGAGGAGGAGAAGUUUUUGACGCAGCGUUUUGUGGAAACCGGGCGACCACAUGUGGGGACUUUUGGAGACACUUGGACUCGUUUCGCUGUCCUGCUCUCCUUCUCUCAUGGGGUGACCCACAAAGAGCUGCUGAGACGUGACUGUGGGACAGGCCGCCUCCCUCCCAGCCUGCGCCUUAGUGGCGAUGCUCAUCAGCGCAGACGCUCUCCACGACUCGGCUGUGUGAAUGAAUCUUUGCCGUAAAGCCACCGUGCUCUGCCAGCCCGUCACCAUGAGGAGCAAGUAUUCCCAGUACUACAAUCAGACUCUGCUCCACUCCUACUAUGCCUUUGCCAAGAACAUGUCCACGCAGGACCUGGACAAGCUCAUCGAGAACAAGCGGCAGCUCACCACGCUCAACAUUGUCAUCGUGGUCCUCUGCACCAUCAUCAUCCUGGAGAAUCUGCUGGUCCUCAUCGCCGUGUGCCGCAACAAGAAGUUCCACUCCGCCAUGUUCUUCUUCAUCGGCAACCUGGCGUUCUCGGACCUGCUGGCAGGCUCCGCCUACAUCGCCAACAUUUUCCUAUCGGGGUCAAACACUUUCAAGCUGGUGCCCGUGCAGUGGUUCAUCCGGGAGGGCACGGCGUUCAUCGCGCUGGCGGCCUCUAUUUUCAGUCUGCUGGCGAUCGCGAUCGAGCGCUACAUCGCCAUCACCAAGGUGAAGGUGUACGGCUCCACCAAGACGUGUCGCAUGUUCCUCCUCAUCGGAGCGUGCUGGGUCACCUCCAUCCUGCUCGGAGGUCUCCCCAUCAUCGGCUGGAACUGCAUCAACGACCUGCCCGAGUGCUCGGCCGUGCUGCCGCUCUACGCCAAGCGGUACAUCGUCUUCGUGGUCACCAUCUUCAGCCUCAUCCUGCUCUCCAUUGUCAUCCUCUACGUGAAGAUCUACCUGAUCGUGCGCUCCAGCCGCCAGGAGGCGACCAACUCGCAGGCCUACGCGCUUCUGAAGACGGUCACGAUCGUGCUGGGCGUCUUCAUCAUGUGCUGGCUGCCCACGUUCAUCAUCCUCCUCCUGGACUCGUCCUGUGGCAUACAAUUCUGCCACAUCCUCUCCCAGGCGAAUAUCUUUUUCGGCUUUGCCACCCUGAAUUCGGCGCUCAACCCCGUCAUCUACACGCUGCGCAGCAAGGACAUGAGGAAGGAGUUCCUGCGCGUGUUGUGCUGCUGGGGCGUGCUGCAGAGCGGGCGUCCCGCCGACCGCUGCCUGGUCCCGCUAAAGAGCUCCAGCUCGCUGGAUCAGUGCACGCACAAACACGAACACCAGACCACGCCCAUCAUGCAGGACUGUACCACCUGUGUCUAACGUGGUGCGGACACUUGAGAGUGUGUGUGUGUGUGUGUGUGAGACUGCAAAGAGUGUGUGUGUGUGUGUGUGUGUGAUGAAACAGAGAGGUGUUGAAAACAGAAGAAGCAAGCAUUCCGUGGACUGAGAGGCCUGUCGAGGCCGGGGCACAGCGCUCUGCAGUGUUCUGACACGUUCGUCUUAUUACAAUCAAAUUCGUCGUGACGUCACAAUCAGCAUUGAGACAAUUCAACACGAAACACAGCGUCUCCAGAGGGGGAAACUAAUUUAAAAAAAAAUAAAUGUAAAAAGACGGUGAGAACUUUCUGAAAUGUGAAAAACAAAAAUAGCUUUUUUUUUUCCUUCUUAUGGGUACGCCCAUGACUUAAUAUGGAGUUGCAUACCGUUGUUAAUGUAUUCGCCUGUCGUGUUGUUUUUGUACUUCUCUCUGUACACAUGUUGACCCGUAUUAAGAGCCAUUGUCCUUUGUGAGGUUUCUAACCACGCGACUCUCAUUGUCUGGUGUACAAAGAAAGAAGAAUACGUUCAGAAAACCUGGUCAAGUCAGUUUCAAUGGACUCAAUUCACUUCGGUGUCCCCAGUUUCGUCAACCAUUUUGUUCUUACGGUGUACGUAAACACACGAGAGUGAUUCAGUGAUCAGCUACAUCAGCUACACUCUACAGAUCGUACCAUACCACUCUUCUGUGUCCGACACCAACACUUCUUUAAAACAUCUCAGCUGUAAGGGUUUUCAAGACAGUAUUGAACUCGAUAGUCUUUAGACUUUACAUUUCAAAUACCAAUUUUAUGAAUUAAAUAGAAGACGCAUCAAGUUUUAGCUGCUCUGAUUGUCUUCUCGCAGUCGGACACAGAUGAACUUCCCGCUCUCGUAUUUAUUCUCUGGACUCUUACGUGUUUCCUACUUCCGUUAUUUGAUUCCACGAAAGCAUUGGAAGUUCGAUAAUCAGCCCUGAAUAUGACAUUGGUCUACUGAUCUACUCAUGACUUAUGCUGCGUUCACACCAAACCACCAAUGACCAUUUGCCACAGUCUCUCCUUUCUUGUUUUUUUUCACAGUCUAGAAUAAAUAUAAUCGAUUAUACCCCGGGUAUAAAUUAGCCUAAACCAGACUAUCCCCCUCGUGUAUAAAGAGGUUUUGAUUGUAGUUACACAAGAAUGACUUAAUUGUUCAACAUUUUAUUUACACUUUAAAAUACAAGGCGACAACAAUCCACCACAUCAAUAUCACCCUAAGAAAAUGUGAAAUGUCAAAAGUUAUUCGUAAUUAGAGACUUGUUUUUGGAUAAAUGAAACUCCAGCGCAUUGAAUUUGCAAGUAAACUUGCGAGUGAACGCAGCAUUAGCCGUACUCAUGUUUAUUUACAGCAUAAGAACUGUAGUCAUAUAAAUAUUUACUUUAUAUCUGAGUGCAGUGAACGAGUAUCAAGUAUUGGUAUGGUUCCAGUGGUAUCGUGUGGUCUAAUGUAAGUGAGUGUGCUGUUCUCACAAUUAUAGACAUCCUCACCGUUUAUUUAUAAGGGGAAAAAAAAACACUUGAAUGCAAGUUCUGUGUGUUCUCGUGCAUUUUUUUAAGGGCUGAAACAGUUACUCCAUUCAUCGAUUAUUAAUCGUUUACUAAACGAACCAGCAACUAUUUUAAUCAAUUAAUCGGUCUGAGUGUUUUUUUAAGGAAUUAAAAGCAAGUUUUCAGAUAUUUUUCAGCUUCUUAAAUGUGAAUAUUUUCCAGUUUCUUUGCUCCAUACGACAAAGAAAUCAUUCAAACUUUUGGUUUUUGGACAAGACAACAAGACUCGUCCUUUUCCCGGCUUGAGAAACGCUGGUCAACAUUUUCUGACAUUUUACGGACCGAACGAUUACUCGAUGAAUCGAUUAUGAAAGUAGCGGUUAGUUGCAGUUAAUCCUGGUCCUUUCGUUGCGGUGUCUACGGCGUAUAUGUGCGUUAUCACGUAGACGAACACCACUGGCUCAUCCUUUCUACACUGCAGCAGAACAGAAGCCAUACUCAGAAGAAAAAUAAUAAUAACAACAAUAAUAAUAAUAAUUAUAAUAACCAGGGCUAUAUAUAUCCCCUAUAUAACCUUGCUUUAACCAUCUGUUAAAUCUGCUUACAUUUACUGCAUGAACUCAUUCGUGAGCACUAACGUGUAUGAUAUACUCCAUUUUUUGUCCUCACGCUCUGUCCCCGCUUUUACCGUUGUCUCUUGUAUCCGAAACCCGUUUCCACGGAGGAAAGCCCAAUCAGAAAGCACGUUUUCCUGAAGGGAGUCGGCACUGAUGAUUUCUUUGACAGCUGUCCAGCGGCUCCCACUUACUAAUAAUAGUCGUAAUAACAAUAAUAAUAAAAAAAUGGGACCAACGUCCUGACAGUGUUGUAGCAACGUAGCAGCGGUUGUGCUGUUACUCUGACUGUGCCUUCCUCCUGUGGGAUUCAUAGGCUGAAUGUAUGUAUGAAGUGUUUGGGGCAGGCGCUCCUUUAUUUUGACAGUAUUAUUUUUUUAUUUUUGUCACUGACGAUCGGAGAGUGGGUCAAAAAAAAAAAGGGUGGGUCGCUCUCACUGUGAAUUCUCAGACAGCACCGUGAACAAAAUCUAAAUUAGUUGUGUGAACAUCAUUGGUUUCAUUUGCUCGCCAUACGUUAACUGUGUGUAACUCAAAGGUGCCUUUCAAAAUAAAAGAAGUUGUUGUUCGGGGGAGGGUGUAAGGGUGCGUAGGGAGAGGCCUUACCUACCUAAUCAUCAUGUUCCUGACGACUUCCUCUGAUGACAGGAAGUCCUGUUGUUCAUUGUCCGGUUCCUGUUGUUCAGGGUUACACUAACCUUCUUCCUCACGUGUCACACGUUUAAAUUUCUUUUAUUUUUGUUUUACAUUUUGGGCCAAGUUGAAACGGUGAAAAGCACUUUGGCAGCUUCAGUGAUGUUUGCUUCCCCCUUGUUGUUGUUGUUGUUGUUUCAGACGCAGAGAAGUUUGAAUCUUUUGUACCUAUCACUUCAUUGUGUUCAUUUUAAAAAUGACAAAUAUAUGAAAAACCAUGUAAGUAUGUAUGUAUCUUUGUACAGUAUGUAUGAUUCGUGUCGUAUGAAAAUGUCUCGUGUGCAAUAGCCUUGUGUGUCCAGUAGCACGCUGCCUGUGUUAAACCGGUACAAUCUGAAACACUAAUGUUUGUUGGUACAUAAACGUUUUGUAAUUGCAUUCCCUUUUUUUUAUAAAAUAAAUGAAAUACCGAAACAA